UUGCACUAACAUCAGACAUUCACUUCACGCGGUCCAUGAGACAUCACUGAGUGACUGAGGGAACAUUAUCGCCAUCCCUGAUCCCGGCCACACGUCCGUGUCAUGUCUGUCGCAGGUCCUCGUCAGAAGCGCGGCCCAACCGUCCUGGUCACCGACGCCCGCGAAGUCAAGGUGCCGUCCCGCCCCAGCGCUCCCCCACGCACCGGAACCCGCAUCAUCUCCGUCGACAACGUCCUCCAGUAUGCGUCCGAGAUUCCCUCCGCGCAGAGACGACUACCACCCGGUGCGCGACCUCCGAACCACAAUCGUACGCCCUCCGGCAGACAUCCUGUCGACCCGAAAUUGAGUGGAAAGGGCAUUCCUCUGAGCGGCGCACACAUCCCAGCGCGAAGCAGUAAAACGAGUGAGAAGCUUGUUCUUCUGCCAGAGACGAGUGAGGAGCCGGAAGAGGAUGACUUUGAGGACGACGACAGUGCUCCUCCGCGAGAUGACGAAUUGAGGAAACGAAAGUUGCCUGGCAAAGGAGGAAAGAGCGUGGCAGAGCGGUUGCCAAAAUCGCAGCGAAUAGCGGAUCCCGAACUGGCAAGAGUGACGGCAUAUUGCACGGCGCAAAGCUACAAGCUGCGCACGACUGCGGCAUUCGUACGGGAUCAGCACGGCGCGAAGACGAAGCUGUACGAUGACUGCUUGUACUGCGUCUACCAACUUCCACUUCUCGGAGGCAGCGACGGAUAUCGCGUCCGCAGUAGUCCUGUGGUGAAACAUCCGGGUGGCCGAAGCGUGCUGGACGAACAAAUCGAGGCAAAUGAGAGAAGACAGUAUCGCGAGGGCUGGGGCGAGGAGAGCGAGGAGUACUCCGUGCGAGGCAAUUCCAACCCCUACCAGGCGUCACCACCACCGGAAGCCAGUGUUCUCGAGGCAGAGCAGCUCGAAGCGGAGUCGAAUAAAAUGAGAGAAUUCGCAGAUGCCUGGGCAGAGGAGAGAGAAGCGGGACGGAGAGCCAGUACAGACUCAGGUGGCUUCAGCUUUCCAUCUCCUCAUUCUGCUGGCAUCAAUCCCAACGCGCAUACAGUGGCUGAGCUAUUCAUCUUCAGCUAUGGCGUAGCAGUGUUGUGGAACUUCACGCAGAACCAGGAGCGGGACUUGCUGGCUGAUCUCACCUUCUCUUCGGCAUCAGCCAUGCCAUCAGGGAAGAUGGUGCCCAAUCAUUUCUCGCAAAAAGCUGCUGCAUUGGCGCCGCCAUCAGCAUUGCCGCUCAUGACCAUGCCGCUGGACGAGAGCGACUUUGAGACAGAAGAGUUCCAUUUCCAAUACGAUGAGGAAGCCGACAAGCCGCGAAUAUACAACGACAUGAUCACUCUGCGGACAAGUGACCACUUUAUCAAAUUGGCCAUGUCGCACGCGAUUGGACAGUCGACGAAGCUCUCCUACUUUGAGGAACGUAUGCAGAAGACGAUGGAGUCCGCGCAGUAUGUCCCUCGCCAGCUCGCGCUUGAAGGACGAUUAGGGAUGGAGAGGAAGGAGAUCGUGAGCCUGGUCGGACAGCUGUUCCAGGGACGUGUCGAUGUGAAUCUUUCAAGCAACAUGCUCGACACACCCAGCUUUUUCUGGGACUCCGAACCCACACUGCAUCCACUCUACGCCGCCGUUCGCGAAUACCUCGAAAUCAAGCCUCGGAUUCAAGUUCUCAACGAGCGAUGCCGCGUUUUCCUCGACCUCGCAGAGAUCUUAUCAGACUCAAUCGCAGAUGUCAAGAUGACCAAGAUAACGUGGAUCGUUAUCGCCUUGAUUGCAUUGAGUAUUCUGGUCACAUUGACAGAGGUUUUCCUGCGGUUCGCGCUGUUGGCAAGUCAAGGAAAGGGAAAGAAAGAGGGCGAGGCGGCGAUUGCGGUUCUGAAUGCCAUGAUGAAGGGCGGUAUCAGUGUGCCGACCAUUGGUGAACUAUGA